CACUCCAGCUUACCUUCUCUCUCAAACGAACACAAACCUUCACACAUUUGCACUCUAACGUAGACACAAACAUAAAUUAAUUUAAAAGCAAACAAACACACACACAUAGGUAGAACACACACAUGGAAGUUAGUCAAUGUUGCUCAGCUGGCAAACAACUGACAUGUUGUACGUUUUUCUCACUUGUAUGGACAGAACACACUCCAGGCAGCAUUUCACUCACACUCUCACACACACACACACAGGCCCCACAAGGAGAGCAUUCCUCUGAGUAGAAUAAGUGGAAGAAAACACUGCCACUGCUAAUAUUAACACACACACACACACACAGAAACAUACAUAGCAGAUUAUGCAAUCUCUGUAUAGAGAGCACAGUAAGAAAACAUCACCCAGAGGACCCCUGAACAACAGAGGAUGAACUGAUGCAUAGAUGGAUAAUAAAAAGGGUAAAAAGAGAAGCCAUUAUUAAAAAUGAAAAGAGGUCCACUUAUGUCAGAUGUGGCCGUUACAUGGAGAAGUCAUGGCGUCUUGUCCCAGCCUGAAGCGUUCUCACGGGGGGUGUUUGUGAGAAGGACAAACAGAGCGGUCACCCCUGUCAUUAGGCCUGUGUGCUUGGCGCUCUCGGUAAACUCACCGCCUCCGAGGAUUGUGGGAAGAGACAUGCAGCCUGAUCCCUGUGGACAGGAGGGCAGGAAACCAGAGAGCAGCUCGACUGGGAAACCUUCCCCCAUAGCUGUGUGUGUGUGUGUGUGUGGCCUCGUAUCUUGCCAUCCCGCUCUCCCUGACACUCAAACAUAGAUUCUGUUCUCUUCCCCAUAAGCUGGUGAAGUGGUCCAGAAGUGCCUCAUUCACCCUCAAGUUGCGCCGUUAGAGUGCUCGCGUCACAUCGCCCAGCGGUUCGCCGGCACAGAAUUGCCCAUCGUCACACCGCACAUUUCAGCUGAAAAUCUUCCGUCUUCAUAUGCAGUCGUUGUCUCCAGCACCAUUUGCUGUCUCUACCAGCAGGACGGCUGGAUUUCUCUCAUCUCUUUUCCACUUAUUUUAUUCUGUUUCUUUGUUGUUUUUUGUUGAGUUGUUCUGGAAGAGUGCUCAAACGCUCUCAUUACCAUGGCAAUCCCAUGGAAACCAGACUGCGAGCGAUUGUGAAGCGCUGAACUGGAGGGCCUACAUUGUCACGCUGGGAGGGGCAGGCCCACUGCGUGGCUUGCUGGUCGCUGCAUCCGCUGUUCCAGUGUGUGUGAGGUUGCGCAGAAACACAAAGGUAUUGACAGACGUCUGGCGUGGCGAUACCGUGAGCAGUAUUUCGGAGGAGAGCAGAGUCUAGCACAUGCUACGUCACGAUGCUCAUCUGACACACAGAGUGCCUGGCAGGCAAAGCUGAUCCCUGUUAGAAUCAUGAAGAGACUCCUUCGCUAGAGACGGAUGGUUUGGGAAUGAUGGAUGUCCCCAAUGGCCAAUCAAAUGUCUCCGCCUCUGCAGUCACGGCGUCUGAGAAGAGCAGCAGCUCUGAGUCCCUGAGUGACCAGGGAUCCUCGGAGCUGAAGAAGAGCUUUGACGCCGUCGUCUUUGAUGUGCUGAAGGUCACUCCCGAGGAAUAUGCAAGCCAAAUCACCCUCAUGGACGCGCCAGUCUUCAGGGCCAUCCAGCCGGAGGAGCUGUCGAGCUGUGGCUGGAACAAGAAGGAGAAGCACAUUACUGCACCCAAUGUUGUGGCCUUCACCCGCAGGUUCAACCAGACAAGUUUCUGGGUUGUAAGGGAGAUCCUUCACGCCCAGACAUUGAAGAUAAGGGCAGAAGUGUUGAGUCUCUACAUCAGGACUGCCAAGAAACUGUGUGACAUGAACAACCUGCAUGCGGUCAUGGCAGUGGUGUCCGGCCUGCAGAGCGCGCCCAUCUUCAGACUCACCAAGACCUGGGCACUGCUGAGCCGUAAGGACAAGGCUGCGUUUGAGAGGCUGGAGUACCUGAUGGCCAAAGAGGACAACUACAAACGCCUGAGAGACUACAUCAGCAGCCAGAGCAUGACCUCCUGUAUCCCCUACCUGGGUUUGUACCUGUCUGACCUGACUUAUGUGGACUCGGCGUACCCCUCCACCGGCAGUAUCCUGGAGAACGAGCAGCGCUCCAACCUCAUGAACAACAUCCUGAGAAUCAUCUCGGACCUGCAGAGAUCCUGCGAGUAUGAAAUACAAGUAUUACCCCACGUGCAGAAGUAUCUCAACUCCGUACGCUACAUAGAGGAGCUGCAGAAGUUUGUGGAAGAUGACAACUACAAGUUGUCCUUAAAGAUUGAACCUGCCACCAGCACCCCUCGCUCCACUGCCUCCAGAGAGGACCUUGUAGGACCUGAUGCGUCAGCUUCACCACUGUGUGGUCGCAGGGGCAAUAUCGCCGAGAGCUGCAAGGUCCCUGCCACACCGCCCUCCCCGCGCAACCUCCUCCCGUACGGACACAGGAAGUGCCACAGCCUGGGCUACAACUUCAUCCAUAAGACGAACACGGUGGAGUUCAAGAGCGCCACGUUCCCCAACGCCGGUUCCAGACACCUCCUGGACGACAGCGUCCUAGAGAGCCACACGCCCACACGAGGCCAGGCCGAGAGCUCCACGCUAUCAAGUGGCAUAUCAUUGGGAAGCAGUGAAGGCUCUGAACUCAGUGAGGAGAUGUCAUGGCCUGCAUUUGAAAGCUCGGCUGAGUCUGAGGAGCUGGCUGUGCACCUGUACCCAGGAGCUGUGACGCUGCAGGGAGUCCUGCGCCGGAAAACGGUCCUUAAAGAGGGCAAGAAACCCACGGUUGCAUCAUGGACUAAGUAUUGGGUGGCUCUAUGUGAGACUCAGCUCUUUUACUACCCUGCCAAGUCCCUCAAGGCUACAGAGAGGAAGCACUUCAAAUCGACAGCCAGCAAGAGCACGUCAGUGGUGGGUCUGAUGGCCAUGAUGCCGGACGACCCUGAGCAUCCCGACGUUUUCCUCCUGACCGACUCUGAGCACGGCAACUCUUACAAGUACCAGGCAGGCAACAGGAUGAACGCGCUUCUUUGGUUCAAACACCUGAGUACAGCGUGUCAGAGCAACAAGCAGCAGGUGCCAGCUAAUCUGAUGUCCUUUGAGUGACCGACACGAGAGGAGACACAGAUGGUCGGACGGAAAGCAAACAGGAAAACCAAACAGAGAAGAGAGAGAGCAAAGGAGAGCAGAGGAAAAGAAAAGAGGAAAGGAGAGAAGAGAAGAAGAGUAGAGACUCAACAGUACUGGGAGCUCACCACUGCCAUGAGCCCACCCCUUAGCCUCACUGCUACCCACCUGAACCCCACCUGCCACCAUUGCCUUAAAGAGCGUGUGUGUGUGUGUGUCUGAGCGGGAGAGAGUGUGUGCGUGCAUGCGUGUGUGUGUGUGUGCGUGUGUGAGUGUGUGAGAGCAGCACAGUUGCAGUGCCCCUCACUUGAGACUGCAGCAGGCCUAUUGACGGGGGACCCUGGGCUGUCUCUUCCUCCUCCUGCUCUCUCUCUCUCUCUCUCUCUCUCUCUCUCUUUUUCUCUCACUUUUCCCCUAUCCACCUAUUUUAUCUUUUAUACACUUUGCUCUGGACCUACAAACCAGCACCACCACCCCAGAACUCAUAGAGCCAGAGCCACCUCACCUCCCCUCCCCUCCCAAACAACAAGACACAGGAAAUGAACGAGACGACGUGAGGAGAGGAGGAUGCCUUAUGUGGAUCCUUUGGGGACUAACGCAUGUCUGUUGGGGCCCGCACGAGAUCCUCCUGGGUGUCCUGGUCCUCUCCUCUUUGGUGACUUUGUUUUUUUGCUGUCGCAUUAAUUCUUUACGCUUUGUGUGUUGGUUAUGGACUGUGUGUGUGUGUAAAAAGUGUUGGUUAUUGGCUGUAAUUUUGUGUGUGUGUGUGUUUCUUAGUGUGUGCACACCUCUUACUCCAAAAUGGCUGGGGCACUCCUCCAUCAGCCUCUUGACAAAGCAGAUUUUUAGACUAUAAAGUGAAGUUUGUUUGAUUUCACCCUCUUUUCCACUUGACCGCACUCUAAACAGCGUUCAUCCAUAACCACACACACACACCACAAAACACUGAUUGUCUUUUCACACACUUGACUUGGGCUCAAAGAAGCAUGACACAAGAUUUUCCACACUUGUGUUUCAUCCAAGCAAGUAGACGUUAUACACUUGUUAAAAAAGUGAUUGCGACACAGAAAUGUAAAAAGGGCUCCAGCAACUAAUGAAUACCAGAUGAAAAACUACAAUUCCCAGAGGCCUCUGAAAGAUUAUUUCCCCCUCAUUUCCCCCUCAUGUCUCCUUGGCGAGCUCACCUGCAGAUCUGAAGAGCUAGAUGGCCAGAUUGUGAAAUGGAGGUGGUGAGGGGGGGUGUUAAAGGUCACUGAAGUUCAAGUGAUGAAAAGGUUUCCUUAUCAGUUUUUCUUUCUUUCUUCUUUCUUGCUAUGUCUUUCGUUCUUUUUUCGUGGCUGAGGUAUUCAAACCCAGCUGGCGUGAUAUGGAGGUGGUCUCCCAAUGUCUCAGUGAUAGCCGCUGGGAACGUCACCUUUUCAGAGGGAGAGAUAAUGCGAGUGGCCGUUUCCUGUAAAUGGCUGCACGUUUCUCUUGUUUGAGGGUGAAAGAAGAAAGUAGUCACGUCCGUAGAAAAUCCCUCCUGUCCCCAUCUGCCGAGACUGUACUGUCAGUGAGUUUGUUUGUUUGUUUGUUUGUGUGUGUGUGUGUGUUUGUAUAUACACUUACGUAUGUGUGGAAGGGUAUUGACACCAACCUUCCCACAAAGGUGUGAAAAACCUAAGAGAAGGAAGUCACCAAAGUCGAUAUGAGAGCGUGUAUAGUUCUUUUUCUUUUUUUUCCCAUUUCUGAGCUUCCUCCUUUUAGGUAUUGGUCUGCAACACAGCUGAAAUGCAAAGCUAUCAUGGAGCCAUUUGUUAUCUGUUUUUAGUUCUUUUUAAUUGUUUAGUUCCUUUUUUAAAAUACUGUCUUAGUUUUCAAUCUGAUUUUGGAGGGUGGUGUACAGUAUUACAGUGUAGACCAAGUUGCACAUGUCUAGGUUGUUUUAAUUGUCUGUUACUUUUUUAUGUUACAUUUCAGUCAAUGUCCUCCUGUUUUGUUUUUGCGUUUUAUUUCGUUUUUUAUCUUUUUUUUGUGGUCAUUUUUAUUUGUGAUGAAUGACUUCCCGUGUGUCCUCCAUGGAAAGUCUGUGUUCUGUAAAGCAACACGUUGUGUUGUCCUGUUGCGUUAAGACGGGCCUGGACAAUGUCCUGUUGCAUUAAGACGGGCCUGGCCAAUGGUUCAGCAGGGAUUUCCUAUGAGCUUGGAGGAGCUGUAGGAGUGUGUAAGUGUCAUAUAAUUGUCAUAUUAAUUUAACAGGAGACUAACCCAAUAACGUGUUGUGUAUUACAAUCCAACUCUGACUCUAGAACCUGCUUAACCACACUUUGAUGUGCAAAUCUUUUCCUUGCCAGACAUUGCAGAUUUUGUGUGUGUGUGUUAUGCAUAUGCCCGUGUGUGCCAGUGUACAGACAUAACAGCUCUUUUCUCCGACUGCUGGUGGGAGAGAGUCAGGUGUAGGUCAGCAUUACCGAAACCCCCUCCAAUGGAAUGAGGGUGUGGGCAGUGGGUGGUCACCUGUUUCCCCUCUAUUGGUUUGUCUCUUCCAAACUUGAGAAAAUCCCUGGGAGUUUUCAUGCAUGCCCUCCAUAGCAUUUUGGCACCAUUUCAGAGAAUCUUUUUGUCUUUUUUCCCUAUUCCUGGCACGUAGUCCAUCCCCACAUUCCUGACUUCGGAGAAUUGCUAUUGCUGCAGUGGACCAGUCCAUUAGUGAAGGAAAGAGACUAAUUUGUGCCAUGUAUGACUGUGUCUGCUGAGCACUUCACCUUCUACAAGCCUCAGCUGCGGUUUAGUUCGACCUGUUAAAUCCUUUGCUAGCAAUUAUGCCAUCAUCUAUCUGACCCCACACAUUCAUUUCACUGCUCCAGCUUUUGUUUCCUUCAAAGUACAUUUGCAGGUUUUCUAAGGUUAUUAUUUUGAAGACAUUUAAUUUUCCUGGAGAAAUGUGCAUACGUUUCAUUGGUUAUAGGAGCGGUUAAGCAAGGUAUGCUGACAAAGUGCAGCAGUGAAUGAUCUUGUUUUAAUGGUCGACUGCAGCAAAUGUGCCGUUGGUGAUGGUUGAUGGAGUUUGUAUCUGAUGGAUCCCUAGGGAUCAAUUAUUCAGAGCAGACAGAAAUGUCAGAUUGUGAAGGUUAAAUGGAGAGGAAGUAGUCAUCUCUUCCGGAACGAGACCUCCCUUGUAAUGAUGGAUCUGAUUUGAAAACGGAUGUUAAUCGACCACAAAUACUUUCGGUCCUCUCUUGAGUGGUCUUUUCUAAGGUUAGCAUUAUGUGCAUGUGUCUGGCAUUAUGUAUGUAGUUCUGUAAUUAUACUUUCAUAAGUACCACUCUCUCAAGAAACCCAAACCCAAAUACACCAGAAAGCAACUGUCCCCAUGUUAGAUAUCAGCGGGAAAGCCACACACUGGUUUUACCCGCUCUGACCAACUGAGGUCCCUAGUGAAGCGGACUUAGGAACAGAUGAGCGGAGGUUUUUGUGAUGGUGAUCAGACUCAUUAGAGUGUGUUGUGGGUGUGGGAGAUGGAAAGAGUGUUUGCGUAGCGAAAGCCAGCCACUUUCAGACAGGCCCCUUCACUUAUCUGAUAUGAUUUGCGGUGUUUAAAAGGCUCUUGACCUUUUCUGCAAAUGACAAACAGUGAUUGCAUCACCAGCCUUUGACCCAUUUUGUCAUCUCCUCGCUCUCUCUCUCUUCUCACACACUCACUCACUCUCACUCUCCACUUCUCAUCUAUUCUGUUGCAUCUAUCAGGCUGUGACUAGUUUGAACAAGAAAGACAUUUCAGGGGAAAAUGAACAAAACCUAGUGAGAGAGUGAGAGAUCUGAACAGUCAUGAGGAGCAGUUCUACAAAAGAGAACUGGCCUGAAUACUGUGAAUGCUUUACUCAGGAGCUGCUGAUCUAUUCAUGCCUGUCCUUCCUCCCCAACCACACCACUCUGUGGGCUCUUCAGUACUGUGCCAGUGUAGACCACCUACAGGAAGCAUACUGAUGACCCCCCCACCCCCCCCUUUUGCUCUUGUGUUGAAUGUUUACACGAUUACACAAGCAUCUAUGGUAUGCGUAGGUAAGGCAGUGUGCCGCAUUCUUGCGGUAGAGCACAGCUAACGUGAAACGGUAAGCAGUCGUGACGUGUGCCCUUAGGACAACAAAUUAGUGUACAAUCGCACCAAGCAAACAGUGGUUUUAUUGGGUUAACUAGUUGUCUGCAUCAGGUCAAGUGAUGUCUGUGCAUUAUAUGGAACACAGUUGUUACGUAUACAGUAAAACACGCAAAGAUUUCCCUUUGACAGAAGGGGUUUUUUUUUUCUGUUAAAGUGGAUGGGUUGUGUUUUGUUUUUGGGGUGGUUUUGUGGGUCAAGGGAGUUCCUUUCUUUUUUUUUCUCUCUCUAAGUGGAGCCCUUACUCUUGUUUGAAGGUAAUGCCCUGGGGCUGUGGGGCUGACUAAUGCAUUACUGUAUGUGAGAGUGUGUUCGAGGCAGAGCAGUUCAUUUGGCACAAUGCCUAGAAAGCAACUCAUGAGGCAGAGGAUGCAAGAUGAUGCAGGAUGCCAUGUGAUUCCCGUGCAUCUCUUGAAACACUCCCACCCAUUUCACAUACACACACACAGCCCCCUUUAUCCCUGAGUCUCGACAACCCAUCCCACCCCUCCCAGACACAUGCACAAAAUCACCUCACUACCCAUCUAAAAGUCCCCUGUACCCUAGCCAGCACGAUGACCUCAAACCUGAGUGAUGUGCUCCGGGGCCUCUGAAGAAAGUUGACCCAAAUAAAUACUUCUAUUCAUUUUUUACCUUGUUUAUUUUUUUGUUAUUCACCUUUGUUCUGCAAUAUUGUGAACAGCGCUUAAAGGCUGCGUUGACUGGGGUGAUGUGAAUGACUUGUGGGUGAAUGUGAGCACUUAGUGGGUGAUGUUUGCAUUGAGAGUGUUUGUGUGUGUUUGCGCAUAAGCUAGUGUAAAAACACUUUAGGUACUGGUUUAAUUAUACUCAUUUUGAUUCCUCCUUUUAAAAAUAAAACUACUUGAAUUA